GACAUAAAUUGCAGUAUCAGUGGUGUGUAGACCACAGAAGGAAAAAGACGCCCACUUUCGAUCUUUUACUGGGUUAAAAGUCCCUUUGUCCUUUAUCUCCCAGUUCUUAGGUCCAUAAAUCAUUCAACAUUCAAUCAUAUUCUCUUCUCUCCGCCGAAUUCAUCACCUUUAUAACCUAAUCAUCAUCAAUCGCUCCGUUUCUGUGGCUGGGAUCUUUGCUUCUACCAAAGAUCUCAAUCUCAUAGGUAUUCACAAUCAUAUCAUCACUUGAAAGCAAAAACAAAACAUCCAAUGAAGUUUGCAAUUUAGAAGCAGCUGAUUCAUUUUCAAUCGGAGAAGAUGGGGUUUAAUCCCUUGGACUCAUACUGUCGUCCUGUGGAAAAUGGUGUAUGGGCGACGGCGGUGGAAAACGAAUUUGGGCCUUACACACCUUGUGCAACCGAUUCACUGGUUACUGGAAUUUCCCAUUUGGUACUUCUUGGAAUUUGCAUAUACAGGAUAUGGGUGACGAAGAAGAAUUUCAAAGUGCAAAGGUUCAAAUUGAGGUCGAAUCUCUACAAUUACUUUUUGGGAUUAUUGGCUCUUUACUGUACUGCUGAGCCUUUGGUCAGAUUGAUAAUGGGGAUUUCGGCUUUCAAUGUUGAUGCAGAGACUGGUCUUGCCCCAUACGAGAUUGUUACCUUAGUUAUCAAGACUCUUGCAUGGUGCUGUGUGUUGAUUGUGCUCGGGGUCGAAACCGUAAUUUAUGUUUGUGAAGUUCGUUGGUUUAUGAGAUUUGGUGUCAUUUAUGCUUUGCUUGGAGAUGCUGUCUUGUUCAACCUUGUGCUUUCUGUGAGCCAAUAUUACACAAGAGAUGUACUGUAUCUCUAUUUCAGUGAGGUUGCCAUCCAGGUUUUGUUUGGGGUAUGCUUGAUUGCCUAUCUUCCAACUUUGGAUCCUUAUCCGGGUUACACCCCAAUACGGGUCGACCCGUUGGAUGAUGGUGAAUAUGAAGAACUUGGUGGAAGUGAAGAAAUUUGUCCAGAAAGACGCACCAACAUUAUUUCUAGUAUCUUCUUCUCUUGGAUGAAUCCACUCAUGCUUUUAGGUUACAAAAGACCUCUCACAGAGAAAGAUAUAUGGAAACUUGACACUUGGGAUCAAACAGAAACACUUAACAGCAAAUUCCAAAUAUAUUGGGAAGAAGAGCUCCGCAAACCUAAACCAUGGCUUUUAAGGGCUUUACAUCGUAGUCUUGGAGGAAGGUUUUGGUGGGGAGGCUUUUGGAAGAUUGGCAAUGAUCUUUCUCAGUUUGUUGGACCACUGAUUUUGAACCAACUGUUAUUGUCUAUGCAAGAACGUGGUCCAGCUCAGAUUGGUUACAUCUAUGCUUUCACAAUUUUCGUUGGAGUGGUACUUGGUGUGUUGUGUGAGGCUCAAUAUUUUCAGAAUGUGAUGCGUGUUGGUUAUCGCCUUCGUUCGACUCUGAUUGCUGCAGUCUUCCGGAAGACUUUGAGGCUAACUAAUGAGAGUCGCAGAAAGAUUGCAUCUGGGAAGAUAGUCAACUUGAUGACAACUGAUUCUGAAUCACUUGGGCAAGUAACCCAAUCCCUUCACACUUUGUGGUCUGCACCUUUUCGUAUCAUUCUUGCUUUGGUUCUUCUCUACCAACAACUUGGUGUUGCUUCAGUCCUUGGUGCAUUAUUGCUAGUUCUUAUGUUCCCCAUACAGACCUUGGUUAUUAGUAGAAUGCAAAAAAUGUCAAAGGAAGGACUGCAGAGAACCGAUAAGAGAAUUGGUCUCAUGAAUGAAAUCUUAGCAGCCAUGGACACUGUCAAAUGCUAUGCUUGGGAGAAUAGUUUCCAAGAAAAGGUCCAAGUUGUUAGAACAGAUGAAUUGUCAUGGUUUCGAAGAGUACAAAUGCUAGGAUCGUUGAAUACUUUUUUCUUGAAUAGUAUUCCAGUGGUUGUGAUUGUGGUUUCAUUUGGGUUGUUUACAUUAUUUGGAGGAGACCUGACACCUGCUCGAGCCUUCACAUCACUUUCUUUAUUCGCUGUAUUACGUUUUCCACUCUUCAUGCUUCCAAAUAUGGUCACUCAGGUUGUAAAUGCUAAUGUGUCUUUGAAACGUUUGGAAGAUCUUCUAUUAGCUGAAGAGAGACUUCUUCUUCCAAAUCCACCUCUUGAACCAGGGCUUCCAGCUAUCUCAAUUAGAAAUGGCUUCUUUUCAUGGGAUUCAAAGCCUGAUAAACCAACACUGUCAAAUAUAAACUUAGAUAUACCAAUUGGUAGUCUGGUGGCAAUUGUGGGAAGUACAGGAGAGGGUAAAACAUCACUUGUAUCUGCCAUGCUUGGGGAGCUUCCACCUGUCAGUGAUUCACAUGUUGUUAUGAGAGGAACUGUUGCUUAUGUCCCACAAGUCUCAUGGAUCUUCAAUGCAACUGUACGUGACAACAUAUUGUUUGGAUCAACCUUUGAAUCUGGUAGAUAUGAGAAGACAAUAGAUGUAACUGCACUUCACCAUGACUUGGACUUGCUUCCUGGUGGUGAUCUUACUGAGAUUGGUGAAAGAGGGGUGAAUAUUAGUGGAGGGCAAAAACAAAGAGUUUCCAUGGCUAGAGCUGUAUACUCCAACUCAGAUGUAUUCGUGUUUGAUGAUCCUUUGAGUGCUCUAGAUGCUCAUGUAGGUCGACAGGUGUUUGAGAAAUGUAUUAAAGAAGAAUUAAAAGGAAAAACACGAGUUCUAGUUACAAAUCAGCUACAUUUUCUUUCACAAGUGGAUAGGAUCCUUUUGGUCCAUGAAGGCAUGGUGAAAGAGGAGGGAACAUUUGAGGAACUUUCAGAGCAUGGUGCACUCUUUCAAAAGUUAAUGGAAAAUGCAGGAAAGAUGGAGGAAUAUGUGGAAGAACAGGAAGCCAUUGAAGAAACUGAUACAAAGGUAUCAAAACCCGUUGCUAAUGGUGUCAAUGGUGAGUCAGCAAAAGAUGAUAAAAAGAAAGGACCAAAAUCUGUUCUUAUUAAACAAGAGGAACGCGAAACAGGUGUAAUCAGCUUCAAUGUUUUGAAGAGGUAUAAAGAUGCAUUAGGAGGGUGGUUUGUUGUGGUUAUACUAUUCGGAUGUUAUGCAGCAACAGAAACUUUAAGAAUACUGAGUAGCUCAUGGUUAAGUAUUUGGACAGAUGAAAGCACCCCAAAGAACUACAGUCCACUAUUCUAUAAUCUCAUCUAUGCACUUCUAUCACUUGGUCAAGUUAUGGUGACAUUGGUGAACUCUUUUUGGUUGAUUGUGACAAGUCUUCAUGCUGCUAGGAAGUUGCAUAAUGCUAUGCUUGGGUCCAUAUUGAGGGCUCCUAUGGUCUUUUUCCACACGAAUCCCCUUGGGCGUAUCAUUAACAGAUUCUCAAAAGAUCUUGGUGACAUAGAUCGAAAUGUUGCCCCAUUUGUGAACAUGUUUUUGGGACAGGUGUCGCAGCUUUUGUCAACUUUUGUUCUAAUUGGAUUAUUAAGCACCAUGUCUCUAUGGGCCAUAUUACCACUUCUCUUAGUCUUCUAUGGAGCUUAUCUCUAUUAUCAGAGCACAGCACGUGAAGUAAAACGAUUAGAUUCCAUCACAAGAUCACCUGUAUAUGCUCAAUUUGGUGAAGCCCUAAAUGGUCUUUCCACAAUUCGUGCAUACAAAGCAUAUGAUCGAAUGGCAAAAAUCAAUGGAAACUCAAUGGACAACAACAUCCGGUUUACAUUAGUCAACAUGAGUGCAAACCGUUGGUUAGCAAUUCGGUUAGAAACAGUAGGUGGGCUCAUGAUUUGGCUAACUGCAACUUUUGCAGUUAUGCAAAAUGGAAAAGCAAGAAACCAAGAAGCAUUUGCAUCCACCAUGGGAUUGCUUCUAAGUUAUGCAUUAAACAUCACAACAUUGUUAACAACUGUUCUUAGACUCGCAAGUUUAGCUGAAAACAGUUUGAAUGCUGUUGAACGUGUUGGGACUUAUAUUGAAUUGCCUUCUGAGGCUCCUGGUGUUAUUGAGGAUAACAGGCCGCCACCUGGCUGGCCUUCUGAGGGUUCUAUAAAGUUUGAGGAUGUUGUUUUGAGGUAUAGGCCUGAGCUGCCACCUGUCCUCCAUGGGUUGACUUUCUUGAUUCCUGCAAGUGAUAAAGUUGGAAUUGUUGGAAGAACAGGAGCGGGGAAAUCGAGUAUGUUGAAUGCUUUGUUUCGGAUUGUGGAAUUGGAGAGGGGUAGAAUUGUAAUUGAUAAUUCUGAUAUUGGGAAGUUUGGGUUGACUGAUUUGAGGAAAGUUCUUGGGAUUAUACCUCAAGCACCGGUUCUUUUUUCAGGAACUGUGAGAUUCAAUCUUGACCCUUUCAAUGAGCAUAAUGAUCCUGAUCUUUGGGAAUCUUUGGAGAGGGCCCACUUGAAGGAUGUUAUCAGGAGGAAUCCUUUGGGGUUAGAUGCCGAGGUGUCAGAGGCUGGAGAGAAUUUCAGUGUAGGACAAAGACAAUUACUAAGUCUUUCACGUGCAUUGCUUCGAAGAUCAAAGAUUCUUGUUCUUGAUGAAGCAACUGCAGCUGUUGAUGUUAGAACAGAUGCACUUAUCCAAAAAACAAUCCGUGAAGAAUUCAAAUCAUGUACUAUGAUCAUCAUUGCUCAUCGUUUAAACACCAUCAUUGAUUGUGAUCGCAUCCUUCUUCUUGAUGCUGGUCAGGUUGUUGAGUAUGAUGCUCCAGGAAAGCUAUUGCAAAAUGAGCAAACUGCAUUUUCAAAAAUGGUACAAAGUACAGGGGCUGCAAAUGCACAGUAUUUGCGUACCUUAGCAUUUGAAGCGGAAGGUGACAAGGUGGAGAAGGCGGCGGUGGCCGGACAGAAGAGGUGGCUGGCCUCCACGCGGUGGGCGGCUGCCGCCCAGUUUGCACUUUCUGCUACCCUGAAUUCAUCUCACAACGACCUUGUUCAUAUGGAGUUUGAAAAUGAUAAUAAUAAUAUUCUUAAAAGAACAAAGGAUGCGGUUGUAACUCUUCAGGGUGUUUUGAAAGGGGAACAUGAUAAAGAGAUUGAAGAGUCACUUGAACGUUCACAGGUCCCUAGGGAGAGAUGGUGGUCUGCUCUCUAUAAAGUAGUGGAAGGUCUUUCGGUGAUGGGGAAGUUGGGGCGUAACAAGCUCCAGCUAUCAGAAUAUGGGGGAUUUAAAGAUGAAGCGAUUGAUUGGGACCAUGUUCAGAUGUAGUAAUGGAAUGAAUGGCUUCAAUGAUCAAGUCAAGAUCAAUUAUGGUUGAUUGGUUUUGGUCUAAUUUGAAAUAUAUAAUUAAAAUGUAAUUUCCAUGGAACUGUAAUUUUUGACCAGAUAGCCUAUAAACACACGGGGAUUGGCCCCUUAUCUACAUUUUUGUUAAUUGUGUUUAAGAAAGAUUUUUACAUAGAUUUUGAAAUAAAUUUUGCACCAAAGGGGGAUUUUGUCAAUUUACUUUG